AGUACCACUAAAGAGCUAAGGGCAGUCAGUAUUUAAGCAUAUGAUAUUCCAGUUUUGAGCUCAGAUUUAAUUGUGAGAGAGUCAGAUCGAUUGGCAGCUAUCAAAGGACUAAAGAACAAUUCUCUGCUGAUAUAUAAAAUAAUACGACGAAAUGAAGCUUGUAGCAACUGUACUGGUGUUCCUGUUGGGGGUGGUGAGUGUGAUGUCAACAUCUGGUCUCAGUGACGAUGAGAAGACGGAGGUGCUGAAUGCACACAACUACUACAGAGGUCUCGUGGACCCAGUGGCAUCCAACAUGCAGAGAAUGUACUGGGAUGAGGAGCUGGGUUAUAUGGCUCAAUUCUGGGCUGCUGGCUGUAUCUACGAAAUCAAUGAGAACAGGCACACACAAUCUACCAAGUUCGACUAUGUUGGAGAGAACAAGCUCGCUCUGAGCGGCUACAGUGCCAACUACACUCUGCUGGUCAACAGGUGGUUCAAGAUUGGACAGAGCUACGACCAUUACACUGGAUACUGCCGGGAUGAGGACGGGAACCAAGAGCAGUGCGAGGAUGAGAUGGACUGUAUCUGUGCCCCCUAUGUGCAGCUUGUGUGGGCCCAGACCUAUGCUGUGGGUUGUGGAGUGAGCAGGUGUACAGAGCUAGAGGGAGCCGAGGAUGAUGGAGAGAACGCUCUCUACUUUGUCUGCUAUUAUGGCCCAGGAGGUAGCAUUGUGUCUGGGGAACCCCCCUAUGACAAGGGAGACGUAUCCUGCAGUUCCUGUCCCACCGACAAGCCCUACUGUGACCGCAACCUUUGCUCUGAAUCUGGAGCGGAGAGGGUGGUGGUCCACCUCUCAGUGAUCAGUGUACUCAUGGCUGCAGUGCUGUCCAUAUUCUAAACGGACACCAUGUAGACUGAUGAGCUAGUGUAAAGACAAUAACUAAAAACUAUACCAUUUUACCAAUUGAGUUUUAAUCUAAUUUAUAGCUUCAUUUUGUGCUGUGAUUGUUAUUGUAUUAUUGUUGAUUCUCUUGA